GUAAUUAUUAUAGUAUUAAUUUCUGUGAUUUCAGCGUACGCUUGGGUUACACUUGCUACUAAUGACUCUUACGGGUUGGGUGCUUUGGUUUUGGGACAUUCACUUCGCCAAUCUGGGACUCCACACCAGCUUGUAGUACUUGUUACCCCUGGGGUCACUCAUUCUAUGAGAGAAACGCUUAAAUCGGUGUUUAAUGAAGUACGAGAAGUUAAUAUUGUGGAUUCUAAAGAUGAAGCCAAUUUAAAGCUACUGAGUCGUCCUGAAUUGGGAGUAACUUUUACUAAGUUACAUUGCUGGCGGCUAACGCAAUUCCAAAAAUGCGUUUUUUUGGAUGCAGACACGAUGGUGCUAGAAAAUGCAGACGAGCUUUUUGAGCGAGAAGAACUUUCUGCUGCCCCGGACGUCGGCUGGCCUGAUUGUUUUAAUUCCGGGGUUUUUGUUUAUGUUCCUUCAAAUGAUACAUACGAAUCGUUAAUAAAUUUCGCCUUAACUAAAGGAAGUUUUGAUGGAGGAGAUCAAGGGCUUCUUAACUUGUACUUUUCCGACUGGGCUUAUAAGGAUAUUAACAAGCAUUUACCUUUUAUUUAUAAUAUGUGCUCAACCGCAUGUUACUCGUAUCUGCCAGCUUUUAAACAGUUUGGUUCCAACGUGAAAAUAGUUCAUUUUAUUGCCCAAACAAAACCUUGGUUGCAAAUAUUCGAUCCUGAAACUAGACAAGUGAGACCAAGCCCAGAUUUGGUACAUUUGACUAGUCUUCUACAACGUUGGUGGAACAUUUUCUGCUCUGCAAUUCACCCACAGUUAUCUACUGAGAUGGUAAGAGUUGUUUAUUCCUUUAAUUUCAAUUUAACGAUAUUUUACAAUAAUUGAUAAGAUAUCAUUUUCGUAAUCUAAAAGCAUACAUAUGAGACUAAGGAUUUGACAGGAAAUGUAAGUUUUGGAAAAGGUGGGUUGUGCAUUAGAUCUUUUUUUACGUGCUGCAUGUUUUUUUUUAGAUAAGUACGUUUAUUGUACUUAGUGAAAAAAAUAGUAAAGUUUUAGUCUCCAUAUAGCAUCUCUUUAUGUUAGCAUUCCGUGUUAUAU